AUGGCAGGAGUUGCACCAGAGGGUUCUCAGUUUGAUGCUAAGCAAUUUGAUACCAAAAUGAAUGAGUUACUCACCACUGAAGGACAGGACUUCUACACAUUUUAUGAGGAGGUUUAUGAUAGUUUUGAUGCUAUGGGCUUACAAGAGAAUCUUCUCAGAGGCAUUUAUGCAUAUGGUUUUGAGAAGCCAUCAGCUAUUCAGCAACGGGGAAUAGUUCCAUUUUGCAAGGGACUUGAUGUUAUACAACAGGCUCAGUCUGGAACAGGGAAGACCGCCACUUUCUGCUCUGGGAUUCUGCAGCAACUUGACUACAGUGUAACAGAAUGCCAGGCCUUGGUCUUGGCACCAACUCGCGAGCUUGCUCAGCAGAUUGAGAAGGUUAUGCGGGCACUUGGAGAUUAUCUAGGUGUGAAGGUGCAUGCUUGUGUGGGAGGGACCAGUGUUCGUGAGGACCAACGUAUUCUGUCAAGUGGAGUUCAUGUUGUUGUUGGUACCCCUGGUCGUGUAUUUGACAUGCUGCGCAGACAGUCACUUAGGCCAGAUUACAUCAAGAUGUUUGUGUUAGAUGAGGCUGAUGAAAUGCUUUCUCGUGGUUUUAAAGAUCAGAUCUACGAUAUAUUCCAGCUGUUGCCAUCUAAGAUUCAAGUGGGGGUUUUCUCCGCCACAAUGCCUCCUGAGGCGCUUGAGAUCACAAGAAAGUUUAUGAACAAACCUGUGAGGAUUCUUGUGAAGCGUGAUGAGCUCACCUUGGAGGGUAUUAAGCAAUUUUAUGUCAAUGUUGAUAAAGAGGAAUGGAAGCUUGACACACUCUGCGAUCUGUAUGAGACAUUGGCUAUCACUCAGAGUGUCAUUUUUGUGAAUACCAGACGGAAAGUUGAUUGGCUAACUGACAAAAUGAGAAGCCGUGACCAUACAGUCUCAGCAACACACGGAGACAUGGACCAGAAUACUAGAGAUAUUAUUAUGCGGGAAUUCCGUUCUGGAUCUUCCCGUGUUUUAAUAACUACUGAUCUUCUGGCUCGUGGUAUUGAUGUGCAGCAAGUGUCUUUAGUUAUAAAUUAUGAUCUCCCAACACAACCCGAAAACUAUCUCCAUCGUAUUGGUCGUAGUGGAAGGUUUGGUAGGAAAGGUGUUGCAAUUAACUUUGUCACGAAGGAUGAUGAAAGAAUGCUGGGUGACAUCCAGAAGUUCUACAAUGUGUUGAUUGAGGAGCUUCCUUCCAAUGUUGCUGAACUUCUGUGA